CUUCGUUCUUUUUAAUCCGUGGCAGAAACAAAAUUGAUGCUUUAUUUUUAUUGGAAAUUAUCGAUGAAAUAAAACUGUGCAAUUAAAUAUUGUGUAAAUAAUCUGUAGCUUGAUUAGUGCCAAUACCAGAUUACACACAUAACGAGUUUAGCUCAGACCAAACAAUGGCUGCAAUUGUGGACCCAAGGAAACGAUCCCGCGAGGAGGAUGUGAGCGAAUUCAUGCCGUUGUCCAAACGAAUUAACAAUUUGCAUUUGAACAACAGUCAAGCUGCAGCAGGAUUUCAAGUGGAUCAUCACCAAGCUGGCCUGCAUAUGCCACUGCUGGAUGGCCAUCAAGCAGCAGUUUUCCCACAGGGCAACUCCAGUAGCUCGGGUAGUACCUGCCAUUCGAUACCCUCUGGGGGCAGUUCCCCCAGUGGGACAAGAUCGUCACACGGUCAGGAACCGUUGACGGUGAAUGGUGAACUGUUGGGUGACUACUGUCCGGAUCUUGGCGAGCACGAAAAUCCACACUAUUUCAGUCGGAAUAAGGAACUGUAUGAGCUGUACGUGGAGCGAAUGCGACGGAUGCAAUGAUUAUCAUUUAAUAUGGGGCGGGGAGUAUUUUUUUGCGUAAUUUAAGCUUUUGAAUAGGGAUGAUCCAUAAAUGACGUAGCAUUUUUUGAGUGAUUUUUAACACCCCCCCUCCCCCAUCGUAGCAUUUCGUCACAAACCUCUAAAUACCCCCCCUGGUAAUUACGUAGCUUUACGGUAACUCUGCCCCCCCCCCCUUGUCACCGUAAAAUUUUUAAAAAUUCUAUUCUAUUCCCCUUUAAAAAAGCUACGUAGUAUGACAUGACCCCCUACCCCCCUGUCGUCACACAUCAUCACAAAAUACAAAACUCCCCCCUCUCCCAUAUAAUGCUACGUCAUUUAUGGAUGAUCCCAUACUAGUUUGGACUAUACUGCGUUUUAUUUAUGAUGGCUAUUUUGAGGAAUUGUACGAAUAGUUCCGCAUGGUUGCCAAAGUUGGGGAGUUUGAGCCGGAUAAGAAGCUUCACGGUAUAACUACGAAUUAAUGAGCAAAGAAUUCGCUAUUUAUAUUUAUAUAGAUUUUAAGUAUAUUUCACUAACUCAUUAAAAACAAAACGUAAAUAAACUGAUA